AUUAGAUAAGUGUCGCGUGAAGGAGUUGGUCAGUUGAUGCGGGUCAUCUUUUCUUGGAGUUCUAGCUCAUUAUAGUAGUUAUACCCGUUACUCGUAGAGUAAAAGGGUAUACUAGAUUCGUCGGAAAAAGACGUCGAUAAAUCUAAAGAAUGGAGGAAAUACCAACCACUUACGAUGCGAGGGAGCGGGUCUGGAGUGGAGCCCAACGGGUUCCUACAUACACCGAUGAAACGUCUCUCGGGAAAAUAAUAUUCAAUAUCAUGAGGAACUGGCCAAAGAAUGUUUGUCAGAUCAACGAUUCGGACGGUGUGGAAUUGACCUUUGAGCAGGCCAUCACUUGGGCUGUUCGUAUUGCUCAGAUCUUGAAGAAAAAGGGACUGAAACAUCCGGACGUAAUUGGCAUUACUGCGAGAAACUCCACAUAUGUGACGCCUUUGGCUGUAGCUUGUCUGUUAAAUGGAACACCCUUUCACGCGGUAAAUCCAGUGUCGGACGAAGCAACCUUGGCACACGUUUUCUCAAUAACCAAACCAACUGUUAUAUUCAGCGAUGGACUGGAGUACGAGAAAGUUCGUUCCGCGACUAAGGGAUGGGAACCACAGAUCCUUACAGUUACUGACCCCAUUGAGGGAGUGCCCCAUAUAGAAACACUACUUGAUUCUACUCAAACAGAAAUGUUUUACGAACCCGAACCUUUGAAAGAAGGAGGCGAACAAACUGUGGCCAUCAUGUGCUCUUCUGGAACUACUGGGUUGCCCAAGGCUGUCUGCAUAUCGAAUCAAUCUCUUUUCCUGGAUUUCCCUGGGGUUAACAGCGAAUUAAUCGUAUUUUCUGCCAGUGGUCUGGAUUGGUAUAGCGGUCUGACACUCUUCUUCUUGAGCACAGUGCUUGGCUGCACACGGAUUAUAACCAAUAAGCCCUUUGCACCGGACUACUUUGCCAAGCUCGUUGAGAAGUAUAAGAUCAACUUUGUAAUAUUGCCCCCUCGCCAUAUGUCUGCCCUGAUCGCAUUUCCCGGGGCCACAAAGGAGACCUUGGCCUCCAUUAGGACCAUAAACUACGCAGGUGGAUUCACGUCCAUGACUACGCUGAAAAAAAUGCAGGAGCUCUGUCCAAAUGCAAUGUUGAGCUCGGGAUACGGAUUGACUGAGGUGGGUAGAGUUGCCUAUAAUAUCGGACUCGGUAAUGUCAAUACUGCAGGCAAACCAAUGCCAGGUAUAAGAAUUCGCAUUGUGGACGACAAUGGCAAGAGCCUGGGUUACAAUGAGCAGGGAGAGAUCUUUAUCCACACAGGUCUUCAUUGGAAUGGCUACUAUGCAAAUCCCCUGGAGACUCAAAGAAUUCAGGACCAUGAGGGAUGGGUUCACUCCGGUGACCUGGGCUAUUUUGAUAAUCACAACCUGCUCUAUGUGAUCGAUCGCAAGAAGGAGAUACUCAAGUACCAGGGAAACCAGUACUGGCCCUCCGAAAUCGAAGGCGUUAUCUCGGAGUUGCCCCAGGUGGAGGAGGUGUGUGUCAUCAGCAUCUACGAUGAGCAACAGGGAGAUGCAGCUGGUGCACUGGUGGUCAAGAGAAAGGAGUCUUCAAUUACCGCUGAGGAGAUUGCGGCUCAUGUGGCCAAGAGACUGCCCUCAAUUGAAAAGCAGCUCCACGCCGGUGUCCAGUUUACGGAUAAGCUGCCGGCCAAUCCCAAUGGAAAGACAUUGCGUCGGGUGGCGCGAGAGGAAUUCGUUGUUAAAAAAGGAGCUGGUAAAUAAAAUUGUAUUAGAAUUGUUAACUUAAAUUUGUUCCUGCUAAAAACCUUAAACUAAGAACUGCUUCCCACUACCUCAAUAACAACAAAGCAAUAAUGUACAAAUUAAAUGUGUUUUAAACGUC